AACAACAUUCUCAUUCUAACAAUUCCUUUCCAUUUUCCUUUCGCAGUUUCCGACGUCUGUGGUUUUGUGCCUCUCUCUCUCUCUGGGGUUUAACAAUCAUGGCGCAAUCUCAACCUCAACCACAACAACAACAGCAACCCGCCAUGGAUGCUGAUACAAUGCUGGAUGUUUAUAUUCUUGAUUAUCUUAUCAAGAAAAACUAUGGUAAUUCCACAAAGGCAUUUGAAGGUGAAGCAAAAGUCCCUGCUAAUGUUCGUGCCAUUGAUGCUCCUCGAGGUUUCCUGUUUGAAUGGUGGACUGUUUUUUGGGAUACUUUUAUUUCUAGAUACAAACGCCACCAAGGCUCCAUGGAAUCUUCCAAUGAGGUUAUUCGGGUCCCACAUCAGCAGCAAGGUGGUCAACAUCAAAGUCAAAGCUUCAAUGCAAACAAUGUUAAUAUUGGGAAAAGCCCAUGGAUUGCUGAGGCAUCAACCAUUAUGAAGCAACCAGUUCCAAAGCAAUGGUAUGGAGAUAAUGCAGCCCUCAUUAUGAAUCACAUCAAUUCAAUGAAUCAACUUCCAAUUGAACAACAAAAGCAAGCUUUGGUGCCUAGACAUGAAAUAACUAAUGUGACAAAUUCCAUGAUCAAUCAAAGUGCUCAAGUUCCUGAAGCUCAUGCAAGUGGAGGAUUAACCAGUAUGCCUCUGAGAGGAUGGCCUUUAACUCAGCAACAAGGAUUGGAUCAAAUCCAGACUCGAUUGCAACAACAACAACAACCUUAUAGAUCUCAAAAUGAGGGACAAAUUCAGUCUUCAAUUGAUAGAAAAAGAAAACAACCAAUGACUUCUGGAAUCUCAAAUGCAAUUGGAGUGUUUUCAAGUAAUGUUUCAAAGCCUAAUUCCCCACAAAAUGAAAAGAUUAAUGUUGAUGAUUUCAUUGAUUAUGGAGCUUUUGAUGGAAAUAAUGACAAUUCCUUGUUGCCUCAAACCGAUAAAGAAUCCGAAAUAAACACUUCACAUGGUUUCACAUUUUUGGAAGUGGGAAGUGUUCAAGCCACAAGUAUAAAUUGUUGUCACAUUUCAUUUGAUGGAAAACUUGUAGCAGUUGGUGGGCAAGACAAAAAGGCAAGGUUAUGGUGCACGAGCACACGGGAGAACAAAGCUACACUUGAUGAACAUUUGCAAGAAAUAACUGAUAUCCGUUUUAGUCCUUCAAUGCAAUUACUUGCUACAUCUUCUCAAGACAAAACCAUAAGAAUUUGGGAUCUUGAAAAUUUGGGAGGUGGAUCAGUUAGGACAUUUACAGGGCACAUUGCAUCUGUUAUAUCGAUUGAUUUUCACCCUAAAAAAGAUGACAUUGUUUGCUCUUGUGAUGAAAGUGAGAUUCGUUAUUGGACUAUUAAGAAUGCUGGUUGUGUUAAAGUGACAAAGGGUGGUGCAAAUCUGGUUAGAUUUCAAUCAGGUGUUGGGAGGAUUCUUGCAGCUGUUGUUGGAAAAUCGGUGUCUUUAACAGAUUUGGAGAAUUCUCAAGCUCGUAAGCAUGUUUUAAAGGGGCAUGCAUCGAAUGUGCAGUCUAUAUGCUGGGAUUCUUCGGGUGAGAAUUUGAUAUCAGUAAGUGAGGAUUUGGUAAAGGUGUGGAGAAUGGAUUCAGGGGGAAAAGCAAAUUGCAUUCAUGAGUUAAGUGUUAAUGGCAAAAGAUUCCAUUGUGGCAUUUUUCAUCCUGCAUACCCUUCUCUACUCAUAAUCGGUUGCUAUCAGAGUAUGGAGCUAUGGAACAUGGCGGAGAACAAGAUGAUGAUGCCAAUUGAAGAACCUGUUUCUGCGCUUGCAGUAUCGAGUGCAUCUGGAUUAAUAGCUUCAGCGGGACAUAACGACAAUGUGGUUAAGAUUUGGAAGUAGUUUUUUGGUAUUUUGGAUGCAUAUCGAUCACGUAAAUAAAUCUUUUGGUGAUGUUUAUCUUUAAAAAAGAAAAAAGAAGAGGUUAGGGAAUAGUUUUCUUCGAUGUAUAUACACAUAGAUUUUAUCGUAGUAGUAUUAUCUUUGAUGUUGCUUUA